CUGGUAAUCACUGAACUGUCAUUAUGUUUUGUUGGUUGUGAAAGUCUUCCUUCUUAUUGGAGGCUUCAACAUUAUUCAGUUAAAGACACCUUUUGUUUGUAUACAAGGCUACACUUCAAUUAAUUCAUGUGUACUGACAUUUUCUAACACUUGGUUGCCUCUGCUCAGCGAUACUUAUUGUUGGAUUUAAAACAUUCAAGCUUAGGAUCAGAUUUUCUCUAUACGUGUACAGUACUAUCAUAUUUAAUGUUUAAUAUUUACAACCGAGUAACCAUGAACCAAGUGGCUCGCUUGAAGUGUCCAUUCCUUGGCCGGCUGCCCAACGGUUUUGCCAAACGGGCCGGCAGCUCUCUGUUCAGCUAUGCGGAGAGUUGCCCCGUUAUGACUCAAAUGCUUGCCCGACAUGCAUCCAGUAAGCAGAUGGAUAGUGAAGCUGAAGGAGCAAAAUGCCCAUUCUUGGCCGAGAUGAAGGACCUAAAGACAGUGGAGGAUGGCGAAGAGAAUGAGAACGUAAUUGAACGAAGCAGCACGCAGUUGCAAGGAAUAAAGACCAACGAUUCUAUUCCAUUAAAGGCAUCAUCAAAGGACCAGGUAGACACCACACCAGCCAAAGAUGAUGAAGCUGAUAAAGGGACCAUCUUGGACGCCAUCAAACACCUACCGACCAAGAACCCAGCAGAACUUGAGAAGGAGAAUGCUGAACUCAAGCUGGCUAUGAAGCAACAAGCAAUUAGUAUGAGUCAGAAGAAAUUCAAUAAAGAUGGCAAAUUUGAUUACGAAGAGUUUUUGAAGGCUGAAGUAGAUGGGAAGAAGAAAGACCAUACCUACCGUAUAUUCAAGAAAGUUGUCCGCGAUGCUAAUGAGUUCCCGUAUGCGAAAGAGUACUCGGAACCAGCGGAACCUUCAGAAAAAAACAGCGAUGGGCAACCGAUUUCCGUCUGGUGUUCUAAUGACUAUCUUGGAAUGAGCCGCCAUCCUAAGGUUCAGGAAGCCGUAAUUGACACUGUGUUGAAACAUGGAACUGGUGCCGGUGGAACCAGGAAUAUAUCCGGCAAUUCCACGUUCCAUGAGAAUCUGGAAAAGCAGUUAGGUAAACUGCACAAUAAGGAAGCUGGUCUUCUGUUUACCUCCUGCUAUGUGGCCAACCACUCCACGUUGUAUACCCUAGGACAGGCUCUACCAGGUUGUGAGAUUUAUUCGGAUGCUGGCAACCACGCCUCUAUGAUCCAGGGCGUGCGUGACAGCGGAGCACCCAAGUUUAUAUUUCGUCAUAAUGACCCCGAGCACCUUGAAGAAUUACUUAAGAAGUCUGACCCUGCUGUUCCCAAAAUAGUGGUGUUUGAGACUGUUCACUCAAUGACUGGUGCUGUGUGCCCAUUGAAAGACCUAUGCGAUGUCGCCCACCGCUACAACGCAUUGACCUUUGUUGACGAAGUUCAUGCCGUUGGCUUGUACGGUCGCCAUGGUGCUGGAGUUGCUGAACGUGAUGGUUGCCUUGACGACAUUGAUAUAGUUACUGGAACCCUAGGCAAGGCUUUUGGUAUGAUUGGCGGUUACAUCGCUGGCUCCGCCCACUUGGUGGACAUGGUGCGAAGUUUUGCAGCUGGAUUUAUCUUCACCACUGCCCUACCACCGAUGGUGCUGAAUGGAGCUAUAACCUCAAUCAACAUUCUUAGCAGCGAAGAAGGGCGUGCUUUGCGUCAUAAGCAUCAAGAUGCCGUGAAAGAAUUGCGCAACAAGUUGAUUUCAGCUGGGCUACCAGUAGUCCACUGCCCUAGCCAUAUUAUACCUAUUCAUGUUGGUAACCCCCAGGCUAGCACCCGCGUCGCAAAUCAAUUACUCGAGAAGCAUGGCAUGUAUGUGCAAGCGAUCAACUAUCCGACUGUGCCACGCGGGGAAGAGAAGCUACGAAUUGCACCAACUCCAUUCCACACCACCGAUAUGAUGGACGAGUUUGUAGCGUCCCUGACAAAAGUCUGGCAGGAGAGCGGGCUGAACUUUGACCAGAGUAUAUGCCCAGUCCAGUGCGAGUAUUGUCGCAUGCCGUGGAAACUGGAUGCGAUGUCGUGCCGUGAGAAGGAAUUCAUCUCGAAGGGUAUGAACAUCUCAUCGCUGAAUGAGAAUGCAGUAAUUGUGUCUCAAGCAUGUUAAGCCUGUAGGGAGUUUAUCCUUCUGGAGAAGAGAAGGGCGUUGAUCCUUCUUUGGGCUUCGUUCUUUCAUAGGCAUACUAGACGCUGUAUACCCAAAUUCUUUCUAUCUCUAUUAAAAUACUAGUAUUAGAUGUUAUUAUAACAAUUGUAAACUUACCUGCCAAUUACUGUACCCCAAAUUACUAUGUUAUCCAACCACACAUGCACUGCACAUAGGAAUUACAAAUAUAAUAAAUUCAAAUAACAACUUUCAAACAUACAGUAAUUGUGUGUAAAGUUUUUCUCUUUUAUUCUCAAGCAAUGCAAUGAAUAGGAGUAUAUUGAUAAUUAAAUUCUUAUUUUACUGUUUAAAGAAAU